AUGUCGAUAAGAAAACUCCGAAACUCGUUCCAGCGACGCCUCCAAAUUGAUCGUUUCGUCCUCGAGCAGGACAACCAAGCUGAUCUGUCUCCCUCUCCGUCCUCUCCUCUCAAGAACCAAGGCUACUCAUUCUCCGCCUUUGCCAUGGACCAUGACCAGCAAAUCCACUCCCGAUCCUCUGCCGAUCUUGCACUCCAAUCUUCGUUCACCACUGCAGUUACUGCUUCUUACUCUUCCGCGGUGACCUCCGACAAGGACGACAGCCUCUACUUUGAACAAUGCUUCUCGCCUCUCGACCUGCCUCCAGUCUUGCUGAUCUACUUCAUCAAAUUCCUGACCCCGGGUGACCUCUGGAAGCUGAGCCAGGUCUCGAAGACCAUGCAGUCGGCGGUCAUGGCCUUCAUGUCCCGUUCUCAGCGGUUUGGGUUUGAAGCGAUUCGGAUCCUGCGACAGGAGCAUGUCUGGACAGACAGGCAGCUUUUGGGUGUUCACCACGAGAAGCAUUAUGAGGAUAUGCGUGACCGUUUCUGGAUCACAUAUAAUCAGCCGCUGAGGAUGAUCAUUCCGCCGUUCCCUGAUGAUGCGCCUGAGGAGCCAGGUCCUGGUGUUGGUAAUGAGGCUGGGAACCAGGAUGCCGAUGCCGCUGUCGAAGAGGACUUGCUCACUCAGCAGCAGCAGCAGCAGACACCAGCUGAAAAUGCUAUGGCCGGUCAGUUGCAGACUGACAACGCGAUGGUUGAAGGUGUGAUCAACAACAACCACACCAACAAUGUCUCAGCACCUCCACCACCCCCAUCCCUACCAGCCCUUGCCACCUCAGCUGUCCCCAACCGUGGCAUCAUCCGUAGCCAGUACUGGGUCUCUCAAGCCAACUUUUUGUUUGCCGCCGUCCUCGAGUCCUCCGAGGGGUUCCAGUCUUCCGAUGGGUUCCAAUCCUCACCAUUCUCCCAAGGCCAAGGCGGGGACCAAGAGAUGGAAGGCCCCGAGACCGUGCUCCAAGCCAUGAACCCUGCCACUGCCGCUGCCGCCCUCGUCUCUGCCAUGGAGCGCGGAAACGAUCCAGCCAUGGGCGCCUUCUGGACAAAUCAAUACGAGACCACCAAGAACAUCUCCUCCCAGGUCGCCAAGCUGGCCAUGGUCGACAAAACUGGUCUUCUCCUCCCCGCGACCAAGGAUCGGUUCUGGUCGCUCGUCCAGUUGCUGUUUGACUCCAACUUGGUCGAUCUUGCCUACCGCCGGGCUAUCAUCAACUGUGCGCGUUAUAUGACCGCCAAGUUCGACUCUUGCUUUGCUUACGGGCUGCGUGUCAACGGGCGGGUGGUUCUGGAUACCGAUUAUUAUGACUACGAGCCUAAGGAGUACUCGGUCAAGAUGGGACCUCAUCUUGCGGUCGACCCGGAUCCCAAGUCGCUUGAAAGCGCGGAUGCUCCUGUCGAACCCAAGCGGGACAAUGAAGAGCGGCGUACCGUUACCCCUCCUCGUCGUCUUCAGAGUACUUUCCAAGCCAUGCUCUGGGGACGUUGCCUUACCGAUGUGGUUAGGAUCUACAACCAGAUUCAAGAGCUCCACAACAUCCCUGUCGUUAUUAGCGUCCCCUCCGCCAUUCGCGAUCUUGGCAGCAAGAACAACGAUCUAUCCGAACAGGUAAACCUUCGUCAUCGCCAGAAGGAAGUCACCGAACAGCACCAUCCCAUCGGUCGUGGAUUCAGAAAGAUGAUUCAUCGGAUCCGGUCUGUCGCCAAGAGGCGCCGUUACACCUGCGGAGGAAAUGUACGCGAGACCAAAGUCCUCUUUACCCACCGCGGUGUCACUUCCUGCAGCCUUCCUGCCUCGUUCUCGCCUGGAUCGCCAACCUUUGCUCUGUUCACCGCUUCAGCACCCACGUUUGGCGAUGCGCCGCGUCCACAGGCCCAGCAGCCUACUUCAUCUUCUCAGUCUGGAUGCCAGGACCCCUAUCAGCACCGCCGCCGCACCUCCGAGCUACCAGACCCCAACAAUUUCGAUGACUUCUUCCGUGUUAAAAAAUCCGAGCUCCACAGCUUCCAACAACGCGUAGCCAGCAUGGAGAAGAAGCAGAGGCAGCGACGGGCCAUAAUGGAAGAGCGCAUCAGACGCGAGACGAUGUUGAAGGAAGAGUUACUCGGGCUCUGUCACAUGGCCUGUGGGCUCUUCGUGGUCAGGAGCCAGCGUCAACCCGAGCAAGGCGGUCCCCGAUCGAUAAUGACCCUGUUGCGGCAAGGUAGUCCAUGGAAGAAGGGCGUUUGGCGCUCUGGAGAGUGGCAACACGCGCCUAUUGACCUGGACCACGACUUGGACGAGACUGCAAUGGCACACCGUCAUCACCUCGAGCGUGACUACAAUCAUCUCAAGCGUUUUGUCGGUUCUCAUCGCCGCUGGUCCUCAUUCGACCAUUCCUCCUCGUCUUCCGUCUCAUCAUUCAUUUCAUCACCAUCUCCAUCUCUUUCCUCCGAUUCGUUGACGUCCUUCUUCACCGACGCAUCCACACUACGACCAACCACCAGAGGUACUACCGACGCGUUCGACGGCAACGAAUACGCGAGCAUCUCAGACAUCCUCGACAUUCUCCCUCUCAACGCGACGACCAAACAAGACGACACAAUCGACCACGGUGCUUGGCAAAGCCUUUCUCUGGCAACAAUCAACUUCCUGAUGGACGAGAAUUUGGCCUGGGGCGGGAAUGACCCCAACCACGAAUUGAGUAAACUUAAGGCCACCUUGCAUGAAGGUGCAUGGUAUUACCACGAUUAA